AUGUUUCAGGUGUGCGGUGAGGACGAUGUGGUCCUGUGGGACGCGACCUGGACGGCCGGCGGGGAUGGCGUCAGAGGUGGUCGGACCUGCGAGUGGAGUCGUGUCCACAGUUUGAGCCCGGAGUGGGAACUCGACACCUGUGACACUGACAUACAAUCCAGCUCUGCAAAUAGUCCGGACAGUCCAGGGAGGAGCAGACCCCUCAGCUUACAGAGGAACUGUGUGUCCCUAGAAGACAUGACCCGGAUGGAUUCUUCUCCCCUUGGCAGCGCUGGAAGCCCCUGGAUGGAUGAGAGGAGAGGCCGAGAGCGAUCCCGCAGAGCAUCAGACUCCGGGGGCGUGAGGGAACAAGAGAGUGGCUACUUCUCUCCGGACAGAAGAAGUGAGGGCGACCAUCAGAAGGAGGACGCCAAUAGAAGGCCCUAUCGUUACUACGAGAGGGGCCACCCCCUCCCCAACAACUAUGUCCCUGAACCCAAAGCUUCUGUCCCAUACCGGACCGUCCAUCUUGGCGUUCCCUCCCAACGCAGAAACCCCGAAACCUACAUGCAGGAUUCUUGGAGAAGCGAGUCCCCUCAGAGGUACACCUACCACUCCAAUUUUAGAAGAGGGGCUGACUCAUUGAGGAACUCUCCGACACGCCACGGUUCAGUGAGUCCAGAUAGACGGAGGAGAUCGGACAACCGAAUGCGCUCGCUCUCGAGGAGUGGGACUCGAUCUAAUGGCUCCUCCCACCUUGCCUUCCAUGCACCCUCUCAGCAUACCUCUGGCAGGUCUAGUCCGUCUCGCAGACAGGGUUCCUUUGCUUCGCCAUCCAGACUGACGACUUCUCACAAGUCCUUUUCACAGAACGGCGGCUACGAACCACAGAGAGGAGGCAGCCGAAGGUCAAGGAGCCCGUCAGACAAGCAUAGUUUGGACUCGGAGAGGCUCUACAGGAAUCUGGAGUCCAUCUCCCGCCGCGCCUCCUCAACAUUUCACCAGAAGACAAACGAGGGAUGCCGGAGGUCUCCUCGGACCAGGGAAGCGUCUCCGUCCAGAAAUGGCUUACAGAGGGAGCCAUCCUCCAGAGACAGUAGACGGAGCGCCUCCCCGGGUUCCUGGAAGGGAUCAUCUCAGUCCGUGCUCAGCCUCCCCAUCUCUUGUGGCUCCACUGCAUCGAAACAAGGUGCAGGGUCUCAGGGGUCCGCUACAUCUCCGCCCCAUGUGGCCGUCACGGAAGCGGAGGUAGAGACGACUACGAUCAGGGACGACAGAAGCAGGAGUAGCGUGAGGCGAGGCAUGGAGGCCUUGCUGCUCUCGGAGCCCAAGAGAACUGAGCAAGAACUGGAGGAGGCGGUCAUGACCAUGGAAGACUACAUCGUACUGGCGAACAUUCCAACAAUCCAGUUGGACUCAGAAGAAGAGCAUGCAGAGCUGAAGAGGAGGAACCAGAGUCCCAGUCCUUGUCGGAACCCAAGGAGCCUUCAAGGUCCAGCUGACCUCCACAACUGGAAGUUUGAGUGGGACGGCAGAGGCAGAGAGCGAGGGAGAGACAGGAGAGAGAAGAAGGACCCGGAAAAGGGACGUGUAUCACAAAGUGCGCAGAGCGCCGACAAGCAACGGGAAGAGCGCAGACGUGCAAAGAUGGCGCAGCUAGCGCCUCCCGACAGUCGGCAGACACAAGGCUGGAUGUCUCGACUGGAUGAAAACGGCAAGUGGCAGAAACGCUGGUUUGUUCUGAGUGACGCGUGGCUGAAGUAUUACAGAGACUCCGAGGCUGAGGAGUCAGAGGAUGUGGAAGGAGAGAUGGACCUGUCCUCGUGUGUCACCGUGUCAGACUGGGACGUGGACAACAACUACGGCCUCCAGAUUCAAACAAAGCAGGCUGUGUUCACUCUCUCGGCAGUGACCUCUAGAUCGCGGCAGAACUGGGUGACGUUACUGAAGCAGGCCGUGCACAACAACACCCGCCAAUCAGACAGCGGCGGCCAGAAAGGAGACCCCCUCUCCUGUGGACCGUCGCCAUGUCAACCAGCCGCUCGCUUCACCUGCCCCGACUUUGAGCCUCCGGAUCCCGACACGGCGGCGGCCUGCGCCCCGGAUCCGCCUGCGGACCCCGGCCGAGGAGAAGAGGAUUGGGACUGCGACUGGGCCAAGCGACUGGAGGAGAGGAACAGGUGGUUUGAGGACGACGGCGUCCCUCUCGGGGGGGCGGGCAGCCGCUGGGACUGCAUGCAGCUGAAGAGGGGGAGUGUACCUGUGGCGGUCAUCCACACCAUGGACUCCCAGGUCAGCAGGAAGUGGACGGAAUUGGAGAGGCUGUCGUUCAGGGGCAUGACCGCCCGGUCGCUCAUCGGCGCCCGGGCGUAUCCAACCACCACGCCCCAUUCCGGGGGGCCUCUGGUCCCGUCCCAGACAUGCCGACCAGGCUCCGGUACGCAGGAAGAGUUAGUCGGUGGUUUGCCCACGGACUCUCCCAGCUCUGAGGAGGCUUCCCCACCUGGGAGUGGGUCACACCUGGUUCAAAACACAGCUGAAGGCCUACAAAAGGAGGCUCUGUCCCUUCCAAAGCGUGAGGUGGAAAAUAUGAAGAAAGAGCGUGCGGCCAGGUUGGACAGCCCGUGUGGACCCGGGGCCCCCUGCAGGGCCACGCUUGAAGCUAUGGAAGCAGCCCACCAGCAAGAAGUGCAGGAUCUGCAGGAGAAGCAGGAGAGGGAGAUGAAGGAAGUGGAGGCAGGAAGAGAGAGGAUGCUGCAGGAGGAGCGGCGAACUGCAGCUGAAGCAAUGGAGGCUCUGCGAGCGGCCCACAGAGAGGAGCUGCAGGCCAGGAGGUCGCUGGCUGGAGACAUGGAGACGUCCUCCACAGGAGACAUGUCCCCUGAAGGAGCCGUGAAGAGCAGCCCUGGUAGACGAGCAGAGCUUGGAUGCAAAGUGCGAGAGAUGGAGCAGCUCAGGAGAGAGAACCAGGAGCUUAAAGACAAGCUGGCCGCAGAGAUGAGCCGCAUGCGGGGUUUCAUCACAGGCCAGAGGCCGGAAGUGGCGUCCCCUGGCAACGCCGCGUCACAAAUUGAGACGCUGCUCCGAGCCAAGGAGAAGGAAGUCCGGUCUCUGAAGAACGAGGUCAGCCGCUUACAGGACGAGGUGCGGCGUUGGUCUCCCGCCAAGGAGGAGGAUGCUUCCAAUACGUCCAAGCAGCCUAGAGAGGGUUUCUCUCCAUGAACUCCUGAGACUGACCAACGCAGGAACCAGGAUGGAAGUAGGACAAAAUAACACAAAUCCUUUUUUGAACUCACUUUAUUGAGUUUAAACCAUGCGAACAAGAGUGAGGGCUUUUUCAUUCUGCUAGCCUCACAUGAUGUGGGAUUAUUGAAAGUAUGUAUUGUUGAAAGAUCAAACCGGAGAGAGGUAGGAGAUGUGUAGAGGGGAAGCACCGACACCUCAUUCUCCCGGCACCAGCUGGUCUUGGACCUGCAGGUGGGAACACAGCACAGUCAGCAACGUGAGGGUUACGCAACAUGUGGCAGGCACCGUGCACUCGCCUCAGUCGUCGUCGUCGUCGUCUUCCGGGACGAAGAUGUCGUGCUCCUCCAGGAGGGCUGCAAAGUUCUUGCUGAUCAGAGUUCCCACGUAGAGGAAAGGCACCACCACCACCGUCAUGCGGAUCAGACCGAAUGGUGUCUGGGAAGAAAGGAGACGUAUGGAUUCGCCAGCUGGACGGUAGAGGAAUGUUGACCCGCCUCUGAGCAACAUGGAAGACUUUAGAAGAGGGCUGUCCUAACUUUUUGACCUGGGGGCCACGAUUGGCUAAAGAAAAUUUGGCCAAUGGCCAAAACAUGU